AUGGCCGGUGUUCAAAUUGAGGGAGCAGCAUCUUCGACCGAUUUUCCCUCGACAUAUGGGAUUAAGAAAGAGGAAGUGAAAGUUGAAUUUGAAGAAGGAAGAAUUUUGCAGAUUAGUAGUGAGAGGAGCAAAGAGCAAGAGGAGAAGAAUCAUCAAUGGCACCGUAUGGAGUGGAGUAGCGGUAAGUUUUUAAGGAGACGCUGUCUACCGGGGAAUGUGAAAAUGGAGGAAAUUAAGGCGGUCAUGGAGAAUGGUGUGCUUACUGUUAUGAAAGAAGAAGAGAAGAAGCCUGAGGUGAAAGCCAUUGAUAUCUCUGGUUUAAAAAAAAGUUGCAGAUUAAUUGUUUGUUGA